GAGCGGCGGGAGCGGCGGGAGCGGGGCCGCGGCCGGGACCGCCCGGGGCAGGUGCCUCCGGACCCCCGGCCAGGCCAUCGCCGCCCGCUGGGGCCACCCAUGCGGCUGUGAGAGGACGGGGGUGGCCGGGCCCCCCAGGGCCCCCCCAGGGCCCCCCAAGCCCCGCAGCCAGCCCAGGCGCCAUGACCUGUCCGGUCACUGAGGGACCCCCGGCGCCCGGGGGCCACCGAGAGACCCGAGCCCACCCGGGCCCCGUGCCCCACCCGGGCCCUGUGCCCCACCCGGGCUCUGUGCCCCACCCGGGCCCCGUGCCCCACCCGGGCUCUGUGCCCCACCUGGGCUCUGUGCCCCACCCGGGCUCUGUGCCCCACCCGGGCCCCGCCGUCCCUCGAGGCUCUGAGGGCCACCAAGAGACCAAAGCCCACCUGGGCUCCGCGGCCACCAGAGCAUCCAUGGCCAGCUGGACCCCUGCGCUCAGCCAGGACCACCGAGAGACUCAGGCCCACCUGGACUCUGUGCCCCACCUGGGCUCUGUGCCCCACCUGGGCUCUGUGCCCCACCUGAGCUCUGCGCCCCACCUGGGCUCCCACGUGGAGACCGAGGCCCACCUGGGCUUCGUGGGCAUCCAGGACCACCUGGAGAUGAAGGAGCAUCAGGAGCCCGGGGCCAGCCGAGCUUCUGCGGGCAACCAGGACCACCCCGAGCCCGACAUCGACGUCCCGCCGGACUCCGAGGUCAACCAGGGCUCCGUGGCUCGCGUAGACCCCAAGGGCCACCAAGAACUCGCCCCCUCCCAGGCCUCCGAGGACCCCCAAGAGCCCAAGGUCACCCAGGGUCCCGUGGCCAGCCAAAAGACCAAGGUCAACCAAAGCCCCACGGCCCCACUAGAGGCCAAGGUCAAUGAAGACCCCGUGGUAUGUUUAGACUUGAGGGUCCACCAAGCCCCUGUGGCCACCCCAGCCGCCGAGGACCCCCGAGCCCCCCUGGACCACCAGGACAGCCAGGCUGACCGAGCCCCGGUGGCUCUUAGAGACCGGAAUGUCCACCAAGCCCCCGUGGCCGAGCACAGCCCCGCGGACGCCCAAAAAACCGAGGUCAAGCCCGGCCCUCUGGACCCGAGGGUGCCCCUGGGGACCAGGGGCGGCUGCCUGGGGACCGAGCGCCACCGACCCCCCGUGCCCACCUGGGCCGCCCCGGCCCCCCGCCCGUGUGCCCGCGCCCCCUCGGGCGCCCGCCUGGGGCUGGUGCUGCUGACGCUGGGGUCCCUCCUGCUGCCCUGCGCCCGGGGCUCGGCGCUGGAGUUCGGGGGCGCGCCGGGGCAGUGGGCGCGCUACGGGCGGUGGGCGCCGGGCGCGGGGGGCCAGCUCAGCUUCCGCCUCAAGACCAACGUGACGCGGGCGCUGCUGCUCUACCUGGAUGACGGCGGCAACUGUGACUUCCUGGAGCUGCUGGUGGCCGAGGGGCGGCUGCGGCUGCGCUUCGCCAUCGCCUGCGCCGAGCCCGCCACGCUGGAGCCCCCGGCGCCGGUCAGCGACGGCCGCUGGCACGCGGUGCUGCUGACGCGGCAGGCGCGGCACGCGGCGCUGGCCGUGGACGGGGAGGCGCGGGCGGCCGCCGUGCGCUCCAAGCGCCCCGACAUGGCCGUGGCCAGCGACCUGUUCGUCGGGGGGAUCCCGCCCGACGUGCGGCUCUCGGCGCUGACGCUCAGCACCGUCAAGUACGAGCCGCCCUUCCGCGGGUGGGUGGCCGACCUGCGGGUGGGCGACGCGCCGGCCGCGCUGCUGGGCGCCCAGGGGGUCCGGGGUGACGGGGACGAGCGCUGCGCCCACCACCCGCCCUGCGCCCACGGCGGCCGCUGCACCCUGCGCCGUGGGGAGCCCCGCUGCGACUGCGCCGGCACCGGCCACCGCGGGCCCUUCUGCGAGGAAGAGGAAGAACCCGCGGUGGAAGGUCCCGCCCACCUGCGAGUCACCGGCCAAGGGCCCGCCGAGGUCGCCGAGGGGGGGCCCGGCCGCGGCGCCGGCGAGAUCCAGCAAGCGGCCAAAGGCCGCGCCGAGUACGUGGCCACGUUCCGGGGCAGCGAGUUCUUCUGCUACGACGUGUCGCGGUCGCCGGUGCAGAGCAGCGCGGACGAGCUGGCGCUGGCGUUCCGCACGCGGCAGCGCCACGGGCUCCUGCUGCACACCGGCCGCGCCGCCGACUUCCUGAACCUGUCGCUCAAGGCCGGCGCCGUGUGGCUCGUCAUCAACCUGGGCGCCGGCGCCUUCGAGGCGCUGGUGGAGCCCGUCAACGGCAAGUUCCACGACGGCGGCUGGCACCACGUGCGCGUCACGCGCAACCUGCGGCAGCACGCAGGGAUCGGACACGCUAUGGUGACCAUCUCUGUGGACGGCAUCCUGACCACCACGGGCUACACGCAGGAGGACUUCACCAUGCUGGGCUCCGACGACUUCUUCUACGUGGGGGGGUCCCCCAACACCGCCGACCUGCCGGGGUCCCCCGUCAGCAACAACUUCAUGGGCUGCCUCAAGGACGUGGUUUACAAGAACAACGACUUCAAGCUGGAGCUGUCGCGGCUGGCGCAGGAGGGCGACGCGCGGGUGACGCUGCACGGGGCGCUGCUCUUCCACUGCGACCCCCCCCCGGCGCUGGACCCCGUCACCUUCGCCACCCCCCAGGCUCACCUGGCGCUGCCCACCUGGCGCCCGGCCCGCGCCGGCUCCGUCUCCUUCGACUUCCGCACCACGGAGCCCAACGGGGUCCUGCUCUUCGGGCAGGGCCCCCCCCGCAACCCCCCGGCCGCCGCCCGUGGGCCGCCCCCGCCGCCCCCCGAUUUCCUGGCGCUGGAGCUGCUGGACGGGCACCUGUACCUGCUGCUGGGCAUGGGCGCGGCCGGGCUGCGGCUCCGCGCCAGCGCCCGCAAGGUCACGGACGGAGAGUGGUGCCACGUGGACGUGCAGCGCGACGGGCGCAAGGGCUCGGUGUCGGUGAACAGCCGCAGCACGCCCUUCCUGGCCAGCGGGGACCGGGACGUGCUGGACGUGGGGGCCGAGCUGUACCUGGGGGGGCUCCCCGAGGGCCGGCCCGGGCCCCCCGCGCCCCCCGAGCUGUGGGCGGCGGGGCUGCGCUUGGGCUUCGUGGGCUGCGUGCGGGACCUGUUCGUGGACGGGCGGAGCCGCGACGUGCGGGCGCUGCUGCCCGCGGGGGGGGCGGCGGGGGUCGCCCCGCUCUGCGCCCGGGACCCCCCCCGGGCCUGCGCCAGCGGCCCCUGCCGCAACGGCGGCGCCUGCCGGGAGGGCUGGAACCGCUUCGUGUGCGACUGCCGCGGCACCGGAUACCUGGGGCCGCGCUGCGAGACGGAGGCGGCGGUGCUCAGCUAUGACGGCAGCAUGUACCUGAAGGUGCAGGUGCCGGGCGAGCAGACGGAGGCCGAGGACGUGGCCCUGCGCUUCAUGUCCCCUCGCGCCUUCGGCCUCGUCCUGGCCACCACCUCGCGCCACUCGGCCGACACCCUGCGCCUCGAGCUGGACGGGGGGCGCAUGAAGCUCACCCUCAACCUGGACUGUGUCCGCGUGGGCUGUCACCCCAGCAAGGGCCCCGAGACGCUGUUCGCGGGGCAGCGGCUGGAUGACAACGAGUGGCACUCGGUGCGGGUGGCCCGGCGCGGGCGCAGCCUCCAGCUCGCCGUCGACAACGUCACCGUCGAAGGCCAGCUGUCGGGCUCGCACACCCGCCUGGAGUUCCACAACAUCGAGACCGGCAUCGUCACCGAGCGCCGCUUCCUGGCCGUGGUCCCGUCCAACUUCCUGGGCCACCUGAGCGGGCUGGUCUUCAACGGGCUGCCCUACCUGGACCUGUGCCGCGACGGCGACAUCAGCUCCUGCGAGCUCAACGCCCGCUUCGGCCGCCGCGCCAUCGUGGCCGACCCGGUGGCCUUCGGUGGCCGCGGCUCCUACGUGGCGCUGGCCACGCUCCAGGCCUUCGCCUCCUUCCACCUCUUCUUCCAGUUCAAGACCACGGCGCCCGACGGCCUCAUCCUCUUCAACGGCGGCAGCGGCUCCGACUUCCUGGUGGUCGAGCUGGUCAAGGGGUACAUCCACUACGUGUUCGACCUGGGCGAGGGCCCCUCGCUGAUGAAGGGCAACUCGGAGCAGCCGCUGCACGACGGGCGCUGGCACGAGGUGGCCGUGGCACGCGAGGGGGGGGCCCUGCACGCCCUGCGCGUGGACGGGAGACCCGUCACCCAGCACGGGCAGGGCGCCCGCGGGCUGCAGCUCAAGGGUGAGCUGUACGUCGGGGGGGUCAGCCCGGGGCUCCUGGGCCGCCUCCCGCGCCUCGUGGCCUCCCGGGGGGGGUUCCGGGGCUGCCUGGCCUCGCUGGACCUGAACGGGCGCCUGCCCGACCUGCUGGGGGACGCCCUGAGGCGCGUGGGGGACGUGCGGAGGGGCUGCGACGGCCCCAGCACGACGUGCGCCGAGGACUCGUGUGCCCACGGGGGCGUUUGCCUGCAGCAGUGGGACGGCUUCACCUGCGACUGCAGCAUGACGGCUUUUGGGGGGCCCGGCUGCGCCGAGCCGGGCACCACCUACAUUUUCGGCAAGGGGGGGGCCCUGAUCACCUACACUUGGCCCCCCAAUGACCGGCCCAGCACCCGCGCCGACCGCCUGGCCCUGGGCUUCAGCACCCGGCAGCGCGACGCGGUGCUGCUGCGCGUGGAGAGCGCCGCCGGGCUCGGAGACUUCCUCCAGCUCCACAUUGUUCAGGGGGCCGUGGGGGUCCUGUUCAACGUGGGCACCGAGGACAUCGCGCUGGAGGAGCGGGGGGCGGCCGUCAGCGAUGGGCGCUUCCACGUCGUCCGCUUCACGCGCAGCGGCGGCAACGCCACGCUCCAGGUGGACGGCGGCCCCCUGCACGAGCGCUACCCGCCAGGCAGCGGGGACAGCGAGCGGCUGGCGCUGGCGCGGCAGCGCAUCCCCUUCCGCCUGGGGCGGGUGGUCGAUGAGUGGCUGCUCGACAAAGGCCGGCAGCUGACCAUCUUCAACAGCCAGGCGCGCGUGCGGGUGGGGGGCCGGGACCGCGGCCGCCCCUUCCAGGGGCAGCUCUCGGGGCUCUACUACAACGGGCUGAAGCUGCUGGCGCUGGCGGCCGAGGGACACCCCCGCGUGCGGCUCGAGGGGGACCUGCGGCUCGUGGACCCCCCCCCGCCCCCCGCGCCCCCCGGCGCCACCCCCGCGCCCCCCGACAUGGCCACCACCAUCAUGGAGACCACCACCACCAUGGCCACCACCACCACCCGCCGCGGGCGCUCGCCCACCCUGCGUGACACCGUCGCCCAGAACACGGACGAUCUGCUGGUGGCCUCGGCCGAGUGUCCGAGCGAUGACGAGGACCUGGAGGAGUGUGAGCCGGGCACAGGCGGGGAGCUGGUGCUGCCGGCGUCCCCGGGCCCCCCCGCGCCCCCCGCCGCCCCCCGCGCCCCCCCGGGCUGCGGCCCCGACUGCGACGAGCCCUCGGGCUUCGCCUCGGGGGAGGCGGCGGACCCCGACCCCGACCCCGGCCACGCUCCCGGCCCCGAGCAGCCGCCGGCCGACGACGAGGACUUCGCGGGGCUGGGGGGCGGGGGGAGCCCCGAGGCCGCCGCCCCCCCGGCGGCCACGGCCGCGCCCCGCGGCGCCGGGACCGAGCCCACGGUGGCGGGCGCGGCUCCGCCCGGGCUGGUGCCGGCGGGCGAGCGGCACCCGCGGGAGGGCGCGGGCGGGGGGCGGCGCGGGGGGGGCUCGGCGCCUCCCGUGACCCGGCGCCCCCCCGUGCCCCCCACAGCCGCGCCCGGAGCGGUGGAGGUGGUGCGGGAGGCGGGCGGCACCACCGGCAUGGUGGUGGGCAUCGUGGCGGCCGCCGCGCUCUGCAUCCUCAUCCUGCUCUACGCCAUGUACAAGUACCGCAACCGCGACGAGGGCUCCUACCAGGUGGACCAGAGCCGCCACUACAUCGGGGCCGCCCCCGCCGCGCCCGGGGGAGGCCCGGGAGGGGCUCCCGGUGCCGCGUCCCCGACCCCGCCCGCCGGGACCCCCAAGGAGAAGGCGGCGGCCGCGCCCCCCAAGGCGCCGGGCAAAGCGCGGCGUAACAAGGACAAGGAGUAUUACGUGUGAGGGGGGGGUCUCCACGCGUGUCCCCCGACCCCCCCCACCCGCCGCCACCCCCGGGGGGAUGUCACCUGCCCGCCCCCCCGACCCCGCCGCAGCGGGGGCGCCUCUGUGGUCUCUCUCUCUCUCUCUCUCUCUUUCUCUCUGUGUGUGUGUG